UAUAUUUAUUUCUACAUAUAUAAUUUAAAUUUAAGUUGUAUUAUUAAUAUAUAAUAUAUAUUUUUAAAAUGGGAAUAAAAUUGUCCAAUCAAGAAAAGAAGUUUGGAUUGUAAAUUGAGACACGGAGGACAGGAGGAGCGGGUAAGCUAGUCCAUCCCCAAAUUGCCAUAGCCCAUACGGCAGAGAAUAAUUGCCAUCGUUUCAACGACGCCCGCUUUCUGCUAACUUUGAUAUUCCGCAAUCCGCAUAGAGGAUCGUCAACACAUUUCUUCUGCUCGUAUACGCUACUACGAAAAACCCUCCAAAGUCCACGAUCAGUCACGCCACUUCUUCUGCUAGUCUACUACCAAAAACACCACUUUAUCAUAGAAACCACUGACAAUAACCUUCCUUUGCUAUGGCUGCUCACACCUCUAUUAUUACCUGGGGCUCAGGUGAAGAUGGCCAAUUAGGAAUCGGCAACAAUGAGGAGAAAGAAUGGGUCUGCGUUGUCGAUGCUCUUGAGCCCUACAAAAUCCGCUCUGUUGUCGCCGGAAGUCGCAACUCUCUUGCUAUUUGUGACGACGGCAAGCUGUUUACGUGGGGCUGGAAUCAGAGAGGGACACUCGGGCACCCACCUCUGACCAAGACUGAGAACAUUCCUAGCCAGGUUAACGCUCUUGCCAAUGUUAACAUUGUUCAGGCGGCGAUUGGUGGGUGGCAUUGCUUGGCCGUUGAUGAUCAAGGCCGUGCUUACGCCUGGGGUGGGAAUGAAUAUGGGCAAUGUGGUGAAGAACCUGAGCGGAAAGAUGACACUGGGAGACCACUGAGACGGGAUAUAGUGAUUCCUCAGCGCUGUGCAUCAAAGCUUGUUGUGCGCCAGGUAGCUGCUGGGGGUACUCACUCUGUGGUGCUUACGCGUGAAGGGCAUGUAUGGACUUGGGGUCAACCAUGGCCUCCUGGAGACAUAAAACAGAUAUCUGUCCCUUUGCGGGUACAAGGCCUUGAAAGGGUGAAGCUCAUUGCAGUGGGGGCAUUUCAUAAUUUAGCUCUUCAAGAAGAUGGAACUUUAUGGGCAUGGGGAAAUAAUGAAUAUGGACAACUUGGAACUGGUGAUACCCAGCCCAGAUCACAACCUAUUCCUGUCCAAGGGCUCUCUGGUCUCACUUUGGUUGAUAUUGCUGCUGGUGGAUGGCAUUCUACUGCACAAACUGAUGAUGGAGAGGUGUAUGGUUGGGGCAGAGGGGAACAUGGGAGACUUGGAUUCGGAGAUAAUGACAAGAGCAGCAAAAUGGUUCCUCAAAGGGUUCAUCUUCUAGCUGGGGAACACAUUGUUCAGGUAUCCUGCGGUGGGACUCAUUCAGUUGCAUUGACACUUGAUGGACGAAUGUUUUCAUUUGGUCGAGGUGACCACGGACGACUUGGAUAUGGGAGGAAGGUGACAACUGGUCAACCAAUGGAAGUGCCAAUUGACAUCCCACCUCCCAGAAAUCUUGGUGGCAAUGAAGCUGAGGGACACUGGAUUGCUAAACUUGUUGCUUGUGGGGGACGGCAUACUCUAGCAAUAGUAGAGUGGCAGCAGACUAAUGGAUCAAACUAGUUAUAAAAUAAUGUUAUCUUAAUCUCUGAUUAUGUAUAAUUAGAAAAUUCAAGGUGAACUCUCAAAAACAUUAAUAAACAGAAGAAUUUGACAGAUUUAUGGAUGGGCAGCUCAGAUGUUUUCACA